AAAACCGGUCUUACAGAAAUCAGAGCAUUCUUACGAUACACACUUGUGUCCACAAGAUGGAGGUAUUGGUAGAGGAAUAAAAAAGGAAUUUAAUUUUCAAAUGAAUUGUAAGACUAUUAUACAAACACAUUUACCAGAAAAACUAAAGGGGCGUGCUAAGAGGCGUGUUCUCCUACACUUGCCAGAAAAUCUUCCGAGUGUAACUGCCAGAGCAGUGUCAUUCCUCUCACUGCAUCACCAUGACUGGUAGAGGGAGACCGGGCAAGGCAGGGAGUCCAGACACAAAGUGUGCCACGAGUAAAACUAGACCUGAGGAAUUGAAACCAUCUGUGCCAAAAAGUCCAGGGAAAGGCUUUGCAGAAGAGAAGCAGAAACGCACCACAAAGGAACAGAAACCAAAGGCGCAGAAAAAGGCAGUCCGCUUUGAGGAGAAGCCAUGUGUACAGAGCACCUGUAAAGACAAGACCACAAAACCAUUCACAGAGAAGACCAACAAGCAGCAAAGUACAAAUACAGAAAUAAAGGUUCCUGUACAAGGCACAAAAGCUUGUGCUAACAGGGCUGAAACAACAGAACAAUCUGCAGAAAAGAUAACGAAGACGCCAAAGGACACCACAAAGGACACUCUGAAGCCCACAAAAGCAAAGAAAUGUGAUGGGAAGGCCAAAUCGGCAGAAAAAAAUUCAGAGGAGCUGACAAAGGUGCAGCCAGAUGCCCCAAAUGACACCACGACGGCUUCUAUAAAGACAACCAAAGCAAAAACAUGCGCUGGCAAAGCCAAAUCACCAGGAAAAAUCAAAGAGACAACCACAGAAAUGCUGCCAGAAACCCCAAAGGAGACCACAAAGGCUUGUGUACCACAAGAAAGGCGUGAAGACAAAGUAAACUCUAUCCUCAACAAAACUCUGGAAAAUCUGAAGAUUAAAAGGGACGAAAGAUCAGAUGCAGCAGAAGUCAUCAAUAAAAUAGUAAAAGCUAUAACUGUACAUUUGAAACAGAACACCCAAUACUUUAAAGAAGUAACAGAGCUACCUACUGGAAGUUACUAUGAAAAUCUAAAGAUUUCUAAACCUGAUGAAUUCGACAUCAUGCUGGCCAUUCCUGUUGACCGAGUGAACGUUUAUCCAUUCGGAGAGGAUGGAGCCUAUUACAGCGUGGAACUAAAACGUGACAAGAGCCCUUUGCAGAAAUUUCAAGAGACCAGCACUUUAUCCGCCAGUGAAAUGCUUAAGGAGUUCAGGGACGAAGUGAAGAAAUGUGUCAAGCAAUUCCAAGAAUGGAAGGUGGAAAAAAAGAAAAUAGGCUGCCCUGCAGUGACCCUAACCACAAAAGUACAAUCAAUCACCAUUUCACUGGACGUUGUUCUCAGUAUCAUGGUUAAAUCAAGCUGGCCACCUUUCACCAAUGGAGGCAUUCAAAUAGAUGGCUGGCUGGGAACUAAAGUAAAGCGGGAAUACAAGCAAAAGCCAUAUUAUCUAGUACCAAAAUACGAGGGCAGGGGUAAUGUGGAAAAUGACGGGGUCCUUGCCAAGGAUACUUGGCGCGUUUCAUUCUCUCAUAUUGAGAAAGCCAUACUGAAGAAUCACGGAUCGGAGAAGACAUGCUGUGAGAAAGCCGGAGCACGAUGCUGCAGGAAGGAGUGUUUGAAGCUCCUAAAGCACCUUCUCAAACUGCUGAAGGAAAAGGACUCUUCAUUUGACAAGUUCUGCUCCUACCACGCCAAGACCACGCUCUUACAUGCUUGCUGCUCUAGAACUAAAGACAGUGACUGGAUAGGAUCAAACCUGAGCCACUGUUUUCAGCUGCUUCUGGAUGACUUUAUAGCCCAUCUUGAAGCUGGUGUACUCAACAACUUCUUUAUCCCAACUCAGAACCUGCUCUCCGGUCCCACCCAGUCCAAGUGCAAAAGUCUGGCUCGUUGUAUCAGGGAGGAACGGGAAAAUGGAUUUCCUAUUUUUAAGUGACAACUUCACACUAGGUCUUGUGCAUCUACGGAGGACUUAGUGGGCUAGUAAGCCUUUGGGUACGCUACUUUGGUUUAGCGCUAUGUGUUAACUCCAGUUUUGUGUGUUUUGGUAGAUGGAAUUUUGUGAAGGCAGAACAUCAAGUAUGUUUGGUCUAGACGCAGACCAACAUCAGCAGCAGAACACUUUGAUGUGUACUUUGGGUCAAGGGUUAAAUUCUAAUUUUCUGCUGACCACACUCCUCACUGUUUGGUUACAUGCUUUCUUGGGCUCUGCAAUCAUUUUGAGGAGGGUACCGUUUUAUAUAUUGUGUCCUAUUGAUUUUCAUUAAAUGUCAUGUAACUAUAUACUUUAGCUCUGGCAUGUAGUAGUUUCACAUCAUUAAAUUUCUCCUCUGAAGCCAAGGUUGCAAGAUUGGAUCUAGUUUAGGUCACUGUUCAUUUGAUAUGGGAAUGGGUAUGUUUGUACGAUAGCCAUUUCAGUGUAGCCUAAUGGGGACACUUUGUAAAACAACAAAUUAAAAGUGGAGAGGGCACCUGGUACAGCACAUGCCCAUAUACAGGUUCGGUUCCGACCUGUGGCCUUUUGCUGCACGUCACUCACCCUCUCUCAAGUCUAAACUGUCCUGUCAAAAUAAAGGCCUAAAUAUGCCAAAAAUAUAAUCUUUAAAAAAUAAAAUAAAAAAAAAAGUGGGGAAAUGUUAAUUCUUUCUCUACAUUUAUUAUUGUAUUGUCCCUUUUGUAUUGUAUUGUUAAGGUAUGUUUUGUGUUGCAGAUAUAAAAGGUGGAACAAUGGGUUUAUCCUGUAUCUCUGUCUCUCGCUCCAGCAGAAAUCCACCCUAAAUCGUUGCCUUUUGUUUUUGCACCUUCAACACCUUCACAGCACACUUGACACACAUCCACACAUGGCUUUCAUUACCGACUUUGUUAAUCUACACACUCCAUUGUUGGAUUUGUGUUAACUGUAAUUCAAUAAAUUGUUGGUUUUAAGUAA